AUUCUGUGAAAAUAUCAUACAAUUGACUUGCAGUUGACUGCACUGAGUGACAACUGACUACUUCAAAAUUUUAUGCUAUGGAAGGUAUGGAAGACAAGAAUUCAUAUCAAUUUAUUAAAAUGUAAUGUUUAAUACGGUCUCCCAUAGGGCUAAAUUAAUAGCGCAUAAGGAAGGGAAGCUAAAAUCUUACGAGUCUUGUUUGGACGUACGGGCAUGGAGUCAUGAUGAUGAUAGGAGGAGCUCCUGCCUACGAGACUGGAUCAGGGGGGAUAUACCUGUCUGUGUCUUACCUGUGCUUGCUCUUACUCGGCAUUUGAACAAUAUGACUAGGAAACGUAGGACUACGCUCGUACCUCCCUGCAGCCCUGAGUGUCGGUCGAAGAUUAUUCUAGAUAACAUCUACGAAUCAUGUCAUGCCAUUGAAGAAUGUUUAAGAAAUGAAGAAGAGUUUCAGAAUGUUUUCGAAAAUGACGAGUUUGAAACAAGCCAUUGGCCUUGUGAAAGAUGUGUGGAAAUUUUGAAGAGCAUAAAACUGUUUUGGAAUAUCGUAUUAGAAAAAUUGCUGAAAAUAACGUUUCCAAUCAAUGAAGAUUUCGAUGAUAAAAAAACUAAAAGUAUUCCUGAAUUAGCAAGGCACUGGAAAGAUGAAAUAGUGGAUCAAACACUAAAAGUGAGAAAUUUGCAAUCUCUAUCAAAAAAUCGUAUGGGUAUUCAUAAAGACAGCCAAAGAAUUAAUCAAGUAAUCAACAAUCAAGGUAAAAGAAUAAAUAAUCCUUUAAACAAUGAUUUUAAUAAGAAAAAUAAAAUAUAUAAAGAUAAAUGUACCAACACCAAUUUCUUACUCGAUAAAGGAAAAGUAAAGAAUGCUACAAAAAAUAAAAAUGUUUACGCUUCUGUAGAAAAAAGGAAUAUUUCUUGUAACACCAGUGUUAAAAGCCUAACCUAUCUCGGUAAAAAAGAUUUAAGUUACUUAAAACAGAGACUUGAAAUGCAAGAAACUAAGAUAAAACAGUUAGAAAAUGAAAAUAAUACUUUGAGAUCAAAAUCGAAAAACAGAACUAAAGAUGUCCCAUCUUUGACUAAUACUGCCUCGAAUUUGAGCGCAGACUUUAAAAUUGAUGAUUACAGUAAAGAUGAAUUUGAAACAAUAAAAGACAUUGCGUCUGAAAUGAUAAUAACCCUAAAAAACUGUACGAACAAGAGUUAUCGUAACAUCUCUGUUUUGCAAGUUUUACAUAAAAGUAAUGCUACACCUGCAGAUGCAAAUGACCAUCAUUGCGACAAAAAUCCGACUGACGUUUUAAAUAGAGUUCAUGAAAGGUUUAAUGCAAUAUUAAAAAGAGAACUAUGUAUUGCAAAAGAAAAUAAAAAUUACCACGUAGAUAAGACGAGUACUUCAUAUCAAGAGAUGUCGGUUUCCCGCACGAGUUUUACUUCGACGGCAUCCAAAUUCCAAAACGUGAAUGGAUAGUGAAUGGUUUUGUAAAGCUUUGAUCGUCUGAAAUUAAAUUUUAA